AUGAAGAUCUCCGCUGCUGUCGCUGGUCUCCUCGCCUCAGGCGCUUUGGCCCACGUUGGAAUGGGCGGCACCGAGGAAGGCAAGAACAUGCUUUCCGCAGCCCAGCCGAUGGACACCGUCAAGCGAGAUGGCAUGAAGACCGACGGUGACAAAAUCAACGUCAGUGGCCACGUGGACUCUAACCUUGGCAACUUCCACAAGAGGGACGACAUUGAUCCCGUCAAGGUCGAUGCAGGCGCUGGGGUUGACGCGGACGCCGAUGUAAAGGGACACGUCAAGAGAGAUGAGAUCGAUCCGGUCAAGGUCGAUGCAGACGCGAGUGUGGAUGCGGACGCGAGCGUGAAUGGACACGCCAAGAGAGACAGGCUGCGAUGGGCCAGACGUGAUCGCAAGGCCAAGACGGGUGUUGCUCGUAGAGAGAUGCCAGUCCCUGGAUCCCAGCAGAACGGCCAGGGCCGCAACCGUGAGAAUGAGCCCGAGACUGAGUCGGACUGCAGUGGCAGUGACACUGAUUGCGAACGCCGGGGAAAGGGACACAGGGGACGGAGAAGCCUCCGCCGGCGGGCAAAGAUGGCGAAGAAGGCCGUUGAGGAUGGCAAUGAGAGCAGUGAUAGUGGCAGCAGCGAGGGGGAGCUUGAGAUUAUUUGA